AUGAAUAUGAAAAUGCCAAGCUUCAACAUGAAGGACCUGAUGCACCAGGCAGGAAACACAAUAUCGACACAAGUUUCACGAGUUGUUCAACUCACAGAAGAGAAGCUUAAUCUUACUAAUGAUAAAACGGAAUAUGAUAGCAAUUUUGAAGCACUUCUUGAACGCCAAGAGGCUACAAAGAAUUUAACUGAGAAAAUUGUAAAAGAUACAGAAGCACUUUUAGUUCCAAAUCCUGGUAAUCGUGUCGAAGACUUUAUAUUCGAAAAGAUUGAAAAGAAGAAGCCACAACGUUUAUCAAAUAUUGAACAUUUGGGACUUGAUUUGAUUGAAUCUGGUGGUACUUUUGGAAGUGACGGUGCUUAUGGCAGUGCUCUCAUAAAGACAGGUCAAGCUGAACAGAGACUGGGUCAAUGCGAGCGAGAUUUCAUUGCAAAUACUGGAAUUUGCUUCAUUCAGCCAUUAAAAAAGUUCCUGGAUGGUGAAAUGCGAACAAUAACUAAGGAAAGAGGCGUCUUGGAGGCAAAACGAUUAGACUUGGAUGCUGCAAAGUCACGUGUCAGAAAGGCUCGAUCAUUAAUUGGAACACAAUCUAAGGAUGGAUUAAGUCCUGAACAGUCUCUCGAACAGGCUGAACGAGAGCUCCGAGUAGCACAAAGUGAAUUCGAUCGUCAGCAGGAAAUAACGAAAUUAUUAUUGGAAGGUCUCGGAUCAACUCAAUCGGCACAUUUACGAUAUCUGCACGCAUUCGUUGAGUCUCAAGUGAGAUAUUUUGCACAGUGCAAUAAAAUCAUGAACGAACUACAAAAGGAACUGGCAAGUUUGGGAGGAAGUGAUGCUCCAAAGUACGAAAUUGUCGUCACAGACGAAGAGGCUGACUUACAUCGAAACAUCAAUUUGCAGCCAGAAGGAUUGCACUAUCAACGAGCACGUGUCUUAUGCUCAUAUGAUGCUAAAGACAACUCGGAAUUGAAUCUCGUCGCUAAUGAGGUAAUUUUUGUGGCAGAAUGUACACCACCACAUAGUGACUACAUGCACGGUAAGCAAGGUCUAUUGAAGGGUCUUGUACCAAAGGCAUUUCUCGAAAUUCUGGAUGAUUAA